CUGUCUGUCCUGGAACUCGCUCUGUAGACCAGGCUGGCCCGAACUCUGAGAUCGGCCUGCCUCUACCUCCUGCCGAGAUUUAAGGCGAGAGUCACUACCGCACCGGAAAUGGUUUUCGCACUUUUCAAUGAAUGAACUUUUGAGGUUAGUCGGUAACUUAGCUUGGGCGAUUGUCAAGUAUGAACGCUGUAGAUGAAAAGGCCCUGCAGCGAUGACACGCAAAAUGAACAUUAAGCUCACAACCCACGGCCGGGGUUGGAUACCCCGAGGUGGCCCAAUACAUUCUAUGUGGUUCAAGGAAGCGAAAACGCCUGACAGCCCUGGUAACCGCCCACAGUCCCACCGAAUCAGACGCAGGCCAGGGAUGUCAGAACCGGCAAUGCUCGCCGGCCAGAUUCAGAGAGCUGCACUAGCCCCCCACGGGCGGACCCGGGUCGCGCAUCCUCCACGAUGGGGAAGUGCCACCAGCUCUAGACCCCUCUAACCGGCUGGGGCCUUUCUCGCUGGUACAGCAGCCGACGCCCCAGGGCGGACGCUCCUCUGGCGCCAGGGGGCGCGCGGCUGCUCAGGGGACCUUCUGGCCUGCGACGGCAGCUCGACUGCUCCGAGGCGGGCCUGGUGAACCCCGGCGUUUCCCCCCAACGUGCGGGUAUCGCUUGAGCUACUACCAUGGAGGUGCCGAUGGGCACCGGGCCCCGGCAGGGUGGCGGAGGACUAGGCGCGACUAGGUCCACGUCCUCCGGCCGUACAACGCGGGCCUCGGCGAUACCCUGGGCGCGCUUCUCUGCCUGGCUGGAGUGCGUCUGCGUGGUCACCUUCGAUCUGGAGCUGGGCCAGGCGCUGGAGCUAGUCUACCCACGUGACUUCCAGCUCACAGACAAGGAGAAAAGCAGCAUCUGCUACCUGUCCUUUCCAGACUCCCACUCAGGAUGCCUUGGAGACACUCAGUUCAGUUUCCGUAUGCGUCAGUGUGGAGGACAGAGGAGCCUCUGGCAUGGUGACGACAGGCCCUAUAACAACAAGGCCCCUUUGGCACUGCAGAGAGAGCCGGCGCACUACCUGGGCUACGUGUACUUCAGACAGGUGAAGGACAGCUCUAUGAAGAGGGGCUACUUCCAGAAGUCUUUAGUGUUGGUGUCCCGCCUGCCAUUUGUCCGGCUGUUUCAGUCACUCCUAAGCCUGAUCGCCCCUGAGUACUUUGAGAAGCUGGCACCAUGCCUGGAAGCAGUGUGCAAUGAGAUUGACCAGUGGCCAGCCCCCGUGCCGGGGCAGACUCUGAACCUGCCUAUCAUGGGAGUCGUCAUUCAGGUGCGCAUUCCGUCCAGGGUGGACAAGCUGGAAUCCAAUCCUCCAAAGCAGUGUGACCAAGAGAACCUGCUGCCAGCCCCUGUCGUCCUCACUAGUGUCCAUGACCUGGAUCUGUUUAGGUGCUUCCGGCCGGUACUAACCCAUGUGCAGACCCUGUGGGAGCUCAUGCUCCUUGGGGAGCCGCUCGUGGUCCUGGCACCCUCGCCUGACGUGUCUUCAGAGCUGGUGCUAGCCCUGACCAGCUGCCUACAGCCCCUGAAGUUCUGCUGUGACUUCCGCCCCUACUUCACCAUUCACGACAGCGAGUUCAAGGAGCUCACGACGCGAACACAGGCUCCACCAAACGUGGUCCUGGGAGUCACAAACCCUUUCUUUAUCAAAACACUCCAGCACUGGCCUCAUGUCCUCCGAAUUGGGGAGCCCAAGAUGUCAGGGGACCUUCCUAAGCAGGUCAAGCUUAAAAAACCCUCACGGCUGAAGACCCUCGACACCAAACCAGGCCUCUACACCUCCUAUACUGCUCACCUCCACCGGGACAAAGCAUUGCUUAAAAGACUGCUCAAGGGCGUACAGAAGAAGCGGCCAUGGGAUGCACAGAGUGCCCUGCUGAGGCGGCACUUCCUAGAGCUCACACAGAGUUUCAUCAUCCCUCUGGAGCACUACAUGGCCAGCCUCAUGCCACUGCAGAAGAGCAUCACACCCUGGAAGAGCCCCCCCCAGAUCUGCCCCUUCCGCCAGGAUGAUUUCCUGCGUAGCCUGGAGCAUGCGGGACCCCAGCUCACCUGCAUCCUCAAGGGUGACUGGCUGGGCCUCUACAGGCGUUUCUUCAAGUCCCCCAAUUUUGACGGCUGGUAUCGGCAACGACAUAAAGAGAUGGCCCAGAAGCUGGAGGCUCUGCACCUGGAAGCGAUUUGUGAGGCGCAGAAUCUCGAGGCCUGGAUGAAGGACAAGUCGGAGGUGGAAGUGGUGGACCUAGUCCUGAAACUCCGGGAAAAACUGGUGCGGGCACAGGGCCACCAGCUCCCUGUGAAGGAGGUGACACUACAUCGGACUCAGCUGUACAUCGAUACAGUUAUUGGCUCCCUGCCCAAGGACCUCCAAGCAGUCCUGUGCCCUCCCUAGGACAGGGCCAACCUGUGUGGUCCUGGGGGCCUAAGUCUGCCAAGUUCUCUCUCCACCAGGCUGGGGCUCCUACCUCGGCUUCAGCCCCUCCCAGAACCACCUCUGUCCCAGCAGUAAAAAUGACAUUUGCAAUGACA